AUGGAUGUGUUCAGCUUUGUGAAGAUGCCAAAGCUGUCAGGCCACAGGACCAAAUCCUCAGGCUGGCCGCCGCCUUCAGGGACCUGGAGCUCUUCACAAGGACCCCCCAAUGGCUGGGACAUGGGCAGCAAUAGAGAGGGGCGUGACUGCUACAUCAACCACGUCUCCCAGAGCAGCUCCCUGGAGGAGGUUCGCCUGGACGGGGACAAGUUUGUGCCACCAGCGCCCCGCAAGGUGGAGAUGAGACGGGACCCGGUGCUUGGCUUUGGAUUCGUGGCAGGCAGUGAGAAACCUGUUGUGGUUCGCUCAGUCACACCAGGGGGUCCAUCAGAGGGGAAGCUGAUCCCAGGGGACGAGAUCAUCAUGAUUAAUGAUGAGCCAGUCAGCUCAGCUCGGGAGAGGGUCAUCGACCUUGUCAGGAGCUGCAAAGAGUCCAUACUGUUGACUGUUGUUCAGCCAUACCCAUCACCAAAAUCAGCAUUCAUAAGCGCAGCCAAAAAGGCCAAGUUAAAGACUAAUCCUGUUAAAGUCCGCUUCGCCGAAGAGGUCAUCAUCAAUGGCCAGGUUCCCGAAACGGUGAAGGACAACUCCCUUCUUUUUAUGCCAAAUGUGCUAAAGGUGUACCUGGAGAAUGGGCAGACUAAAUCAUUUAAAUUUGACUGCAACACAUCCAUUAAGGAUGUCAUCUUGACCCUGCAAGAAAAGCUAUCUAUUAAAAGCAUCGAGCACUUCUCUCUGAUGCUGGAACACAGAGCGGAGGGAUCUGCCAGCAAACUCAUGCUCCUGCAUGAGCAGGAGAUGCUAACUCAGGUGACACAGAGGCCAGGGUCGCACAAGAUGAAAUGCUUUUUUCGCAUCACUUUUGUCCCAAAGGAUCCUGUGGAGCUGCUAAGGAGAGACGCGGUGGCUUUUGAGUACCUUUAUGUUCAGAGCUGUAAUGAUGUGGUGCUGGAGAGAUUCGGGUCAGAGCUGAAAUACGACACGGCACUUCAUCUGGCUGCCCUGCAAAUGUAUAUUCUAACCAUCAAUACCAAGCUCCAGAAAGUUUCCCUCAAGUAUAUUGAGAAGGAGUGGGGUCUGGCGUUGUUCCUGCCUCCUGCUGUGUUGUCUAGCAUGAAAGAGAAGAACAUCAAAAAAGCCCUCACUCACAUCCUCAAAACCAACCAGAACCUGGUGCCGCCUGGUAAAAAGCUGACUGCCCUGCAAGCAAAGGUCCAUUAUCUGAAGUAUCUCAGUGAUCUGAGGCUGUAUGGAGGACGGGUGUUUAAAUCCACACUUGUUCAAGGCGAGAAGCACACAGAGGUUACGUUGCUGGUGGGGCCCAAAUAUGGUAUCAGCCAUGUGAUUAACACCAAAACCAACCUGGUGGCGCUUCUGGCCGAUUUCAGUCACGUCAACCGAAUAGAGAUGUACACAGAGGAUGAGAACAGGGUUAGAGUGGAACUACACGUCCUGGAUGUAAAGCCCAUCACUCUCUUAAUGGAGUCCGUUGAUGCAAUGAAUCUGGCCUGUUUGACUGCUGGCUACUACAGAUUACUGGUGGACUCUCGGCGCUCCAUCUUCAAUGUGGCCAAAAACACAGACGGUAUGAAGACAGGCACAUCUGAUACCAUCACAAGAUGACUCAUCAGAAUGUGUUUAGUCACACACAUAAAGUAUCUGAAGACAGGAACAACAUGAGGUGCAGCCAAGAUUAUUCCGACCAAGAGUUUGAAUACCUCGACCACGGGAGGUUGUGAAAUCCAACCGGUUUAUGUAACCGAGAUCCACCAGACCCAUUCAAUGCACAUGGCAGAAAGAGCGGAGUGCUGCAGAAUCCCCUGCUCCCAAACUUACCUCAAUAUCCCAAGACCCAAACCCCAAGACUCCUCCAGGGGUGCAAAGGUCUCCUUCAUAUUUGGAGAUCCCCCCUUGGACAGCGUAAACCCCCAAAAUCUGGGCUACCAGAGACUGAUGGAUGAGAGCCCAGAGAUUCUAGACAAUCACAGCCCCAUGUACAGGCGACUCGAGGAGGACUAUAAGAUGAUGGAUGCCAUAGAAGAGGGGGAAGGGUACCCCUACUCCACCAAAAUCUUUGGUACCACUGAAUGCAUCGAGGAGCCACUGCUGCACGACAUCUGCUAUGCUGAGACGACAGAUGACGCAGAGGACGAGGAUGACAUCAGCUGCGAAGAGGACUUGGUGAUGAGUGACAUUGACAAGCCCAUGUUACUCUCACUCUCAGGGUCCAGCGAUGACAUCAUUGACUUGACCUCCCUCCCUCCCCCGCCGGAGGGGAACGAUGAGGAGGACAAUGACGUACUACUGCACUCUCUUAACCUGGCCAUCGCUGCUCCUCCUCCCGGUUUCAGGGACAGCUCAGACGAGGAGGAGCAGCAAGGGGCCGGGUCCAGGGCCAAGGGGGCCCGCAAUGAUAUCCCAGUGUCUCUUAUUGAUUCAGUGCCCACCCACAGAGCAGAGGGCCACGGGGAGCCUCUGAACGAUGCAGUGGUGUCCACCUUACAGGCCCUCGAGGCGCUGGCUGCAUCUGAGGAACAGAGUCCGGCGCAGUCGGAGAGUAGCACAGGUGUAGAAAUAUCACGAGCAUUUAGCACUGACUCCUCAGAUUCUGGCAACGAGACAAAUUCCUCGGAGAUGACAGAGAGCUCCGAGCUGGCCACCGCCCAGAGACACUCAGACAACCACCUGAGGCUGCAUGUGGCCAUGACAGAGGGAUACCAUCCAAUGAACGAUGAGAAGAGAGAGGGCACUGCAGCUGCUGGUGGAAGUGUGGGAGCUAUGCAGUACAACCCCCAGGAUCAUCCGGAGGAGGAGGCCAAAUCAACUGCCGUCGCCUCCUCUCAGAUCUUUCACUCAGACGGCGGUGAGAUGGAGCCAGAGACGAUGGAGAUAAAAUCAGUCAGUGAAUACUUCACCAAAAUGCACAUGGGCUCAGUAAUGAGCAGGCAGAGAGGGAAACAGAGGGAGGCAGAGAGCAGAAGCCAAGGAGAAACCUGUGAAUCCUCUGAUAGAGCUCACGGGACUCCUCAGGACAUAGCCAAAGAGGAGCUCCCUCACCUUGUCGGGAGGUAUAACGCUUUCACUAUUGGUAAAUCAAUGAAGGGGAAAACCUACAGCCUUCACACAGGGUUUGCACUUGCAAGAAAGGAUGCCUUAGAUAUGGUUAGCGUUUUGCGUUCCAGCCCCGGUCAUUUUUCCAGAGGUGAGAAGCUGGAAGUCACUGAGGCUGACAUGGAUACACACUCCCAGCUGCUCUUGAUGCAGGCCAAAGUGUUGGGCAGCGCUUGCGCUCAGAUGGCCGUGGAGUACAGCAGCCCAGAGGAGCUACUGCUCACUCUGACGCACAGUUUUCACACGCUCUGCUGCUUGACGCAAGCCUGCAUGUCGCUGGUUGAAGGCCUGAGCAGCGAGAGGGAGCGGCGUGAGGUGGUGACCAAGGUGGACGAGGUUGUCAUGAACUACGUGUGUCUGCUGAAAGCUGCUGAGAUGGCUUCAGGAGGCUCCCCCGGUGACCAAAGUGUGAAUGCAUUGACACAUCACUCUGCCACCAUGUCUACUAUUAUUAACACUCUAACUCACUCACUGCAGACACUGUUUGAAAAGUAAAACUGUUGUUUUUUUGUCAAGAUUCUUGAUUUGAAAGCCAUACAUAAGAGACAUGGGUUUUAAAAAACCAAUGUCAACUGCUGUGAAAAAGAAAACUUGCCUUGUGUAUACAGUAUUUUAUUAUGUAA